GCACGCUCACAACAGCCCACGAAAGUGAGCGCGCCACACGUAUUUAAAAAAGUUAACUGUCAAAAUCUCCCGCCAAAAACCAUAGACACUAAUUUUUUUUAAAGGUUUUAUAUCUUUUUAAAUAGCAUCGAACCUUUAUGUGGAGUGCAGCGUUUCAUAAUUGUGGGUGUUAUAGUAUGUGGUGAAAGUGGUGUGACGCAACGUUACGGUCGGAGCAGACAUGACGGAAAUCGGUUUUGGAACGCAGUGUCUUACUGUCAUCGGUUUCCUAAAUGUCAUAACGCAAAUAAGAUGCCAGUAUCCAGCUCUUCACCCGGUGUCGUUUGCGCAGACCCCGGCUGAAUGGCACAACCCGCAACAACCCAGGAACCCGCCCUGGCAGUUCUCCGCGCCGAGGAAAAGGUCCCCCGACUCCAUGCAGAUAUACUACAACACACACACCACACAAAACCAUGGCCCGUUUGGUAACGCACCACAUUUUCAACCAAACUACCAAAGUUACCACAACCAAGGCCCUCAGAAUUACCAAAGCAGAAGUUCAAUCGACCUCAUUCAUUCAGAAACCAGAGAUAACCCAAGCGAUCCACGAUUGCUCUCCGAUUCUGCUUUCACCAGGAUAUCAGAAACUUUAGGUGCCAUAAACACAGUAGGCCAUUAUCUUGUUGAUAUGGUCAAUGAGGAGGAGAAAGACGAGUCCGAUCCAAAUCUUAAACAACUUCCACAAGCCUUGUACACCAUAAGCAAAAAUGUCUUAGGGAGAAACGUUACAGACAAAAUAGCUCCUAUAGUUAAAAAGGCGCUACCAAGAGUCUUACCUGAUGCCCCAAUCACAAAAAUUGCUACAGGAGAUACGCAAGACUCAAAAUCAUGUACAACGCCCGAUGGAGAAGCAGGAAUAUGCGAGGACCUGAGCAACUGUCCUCAACUUCUUCUGAACUUAAUAAGUCUCCGAGAAUCUCUCUGCUUCAAAGACCUAUUUGUCCCUGGAGUAUGUUGUCCUAAAAACGCUAUAGUGACCACAACGCCAGCAAUCGAAACACCGGUAGUAGCGACAACUACCAAGCCGACUUACCUGGUCCCAGUGACUACUCCUCGGCCUUCCAAAGCUACGACGACUAAGAGGCCAUCGGCGGUGCUCGUGUUGACGACGAAACGGCCGCGGCCCGCGACGACGCAAAGGCCUUCAAGCGUGACGACUGCUAGACCGCCUUCUACUACGUUCGCAACAGUACCGCCUCCUGUUAUCGCUAACUUCUCAAACAUUGUCGAUAUAAGCGAGUGCGGGCAGCGCGAAGACGAAGGCGGCCGCAUAGUAGGCGGCACAGAAUCGGCCCCCGGCGCAUGGCCUUGGAUGGUCGCCAUAUACCUUCACGGGAAUAAGAGAAGAGAAUUCUGGUGCGGUGGCACUCUAGUGGGGACAAGACAUGUGCUUACAGCUGCGCAUUGCACCAGGGACUCUAAGCAAAGACCAUUCCCACCACGACAGUUCAGCGUGCGUCUAGGAGACGUGGACCUGAUCCGAGAGGACGAGCCGUCCAGACCAGUAACGCUGCGUGUCGUAGCUGUGAGGGCCCACGAGCAGUUCUCCAGAGUGGGGUACUACAAUGACAUCGCUGUGCUGGUGCUUGGCGAAAGCGUCCAAAAAUCCAAAUACGUGAUCCCCAUCUGCCUUCCCACGCCCGACCUAUACCGGCGUCAGUUCGACGGCGCCGUGGGAACCGUGGUGGGAUGGGGCACCACUCGCUACGGAGGCACCGAAAGCUCGAGGCAGCUGGAAGCGAAGCUGCCUGUGUGGAGGAAUGAGGACUGCGACAAGGCGUACUUCCAGCCGAUCACUGAGGCGUUCUUAUGCGCUGGGUACGCUAGAGGCGGGGUGGAUGCGUGUCAGGGUGACUCAGGCGGACCACUGAUGCUGCAAGUGAACGGUCGCUGGACGCAGAUCGGCGUCGUGUCGUUCGGGAACAAGUGUGGAGAACCAGGCUACCCUGGAGUGUACACCCGCCUCACGCAUUACUCUGGCUGGCUGAACCAGCAUCUAGUUUAGGAACAUUUAUCAUCUAUACUGGAUUCACUGUCUCUUAGAUUCCCAAUAUUUACCUAAACGCCGAGGUUCUGGACGCAAAUAGGCGUCGGAAACAAAUGUGACAAACCAUAUUGUGUCUUUAUGAGUAUCAUUUUAGGUAUGUAGAAUCUCUAUCCAUUUCCACCUAAACGUCACGCGUCAUAUACCAGCUGCUGGACGCAAGUAGUUUAAACUAAACUAAACCUAGUCUAUGUUUAUGACUUCCCCAACUUGUAACUUCUAUACCUUGGAGUAAUUCCAAAUAUUUAUAUCACAUUAAAAGCUUCCAACGCAAAAUUGCAUAGCAUUGCAAUAGGUACAGCGUGAAACUGAUAUUUCGAUGUCCAGCAAUUCAGCAGAAAAGACGAUGACAGAUUUUUUUAAAGUUAAGAAAUAUGCUAACUUUAAAAUAUAACCCAGUUACCAACUUACAGAAAAUAUUUAGUCACUAAGAUAAUUUUGCCAUAAACAACGAAAAUAUGUGGCAUUCAUAUUUAUUCAAAACUUUUCUGGCUUUCUAUUUAUUGUGCUUUUAAAUCGGUACUGGAUAAUGUUUUGUGAUAAAACUAAUUUGACUGUUAAUUAUAGAACUUGAUUGUAAGUAAUAAGAAAUAGAUAGGUAUUAGCAUAUGUUAAAUAAUAAGACCAAUAAAUAAUGUAAA